CGUGAGAGCAUUGACAAUCGAUUACUUUAGACUGCCGUUUUUCUCUCAUCCGGAACCGGAAGUAGCUGUUUCUGUUUGCAGCUAGCACGAGUUUAAAUGUUUGCUAGUCAAUGUUAGAUAGACUUAAACCAAAAAGAUGAUUGAGACACAAAACGGAGAAGUGUUUGAGGCCAUUACGGUGCAUAAUUUUUCGGAGAAAAUUUUGGAGCAGUCCAUACACUUUCACGUGAUGAAGCUGAGCGGCGGGUUCUUCCUGUGGGUCGGUUCGAGUCCGGUUCUGUCCAACCUGGCGGUCUCCAUGAGCAGCAAAUAUGAUUCAAUGCCUUUAUCGACAUUAGUCAUGGGGGACCCAUCUAACACUGCUGCAAAUUCCUUGGCGCAGAGAUUAGCAAAGAAAACUAAAAAGCAAGUGUACGUGAGUUACAGUCUCCCGAUGACGGACAACAACUUCAGUCUUUUGGUGGAGAAGAGGAUCAAAAAGGAGCUGGAGCUUCUUCCUGAGCACUUCUGAACUCUUGGACAUUGUUUUGUGUAGAACUGAGGACAUGUAGGAAGGAGGGCAACAUGAAACAGCAGGUGGUCCUCUUUCUUCUUCUAGUUCUUCUUUGGACUUUCAUACUUUCUUCCCAUACUGUCAUCAAACUCCAACACAAUAACCACAGACGAUCACAUCAAGUGUUCUUUUAUUGACAUAAUAAAUUAAGUGGUUUAUUAUCAAAACAUGUAGGCCUAUGGCUUUUUGUACAAAUGCAUCAUAUUAAAAAAAUAACACUUAGAAAACGA